UAAUUUAAUAAUAUAGACAUUCAGUGAUUUGAAAUUAAUGAACGCAAUAUUGAGAAUGACAUAAAUACAGUAGUUUGUUGCUAAACUGUUUAAAUAGAAACAAAAGUUUUCCAGGUUUCUCAGUUGCUAAGCGAUUUGAGCAGUUUAGAUUGUACUAAACCCAUUGUCGAAAAAACUCACUCAACAGAUGCAGAAGAAGCUUGACCUGAAAAUAACUGUGAAAUCAUAUCUAAUACAGCUUUUUUAACAUUCCCAGCAAUUUCAGAUUUCCACCAAUCUAUAGGAUUUACCUGAUUGAUAGUACAUGCGCAUCAGAUUGAUCAAUGAACGGCUGCAUGACAAAGUAUUUAGACAGAUAUAUUGACAACAUGUCUAUUAUCAUUCGAUUGCAAAACUUGCCAUGGGCAGCAGAUUCAUCGGAUAUUCGUCGAUAUUUUGCUGGUCUCUCGAUCCCUGAGGGCGGUGUCCAUAUUGUAGGUGGUGAAAUGGGUGAUGCCUUUAUAGCUUUCAGCACUGAUGAGGAUGCCAGGUUAGCCAUGGCAAAAGAUGGUGGUAAAAUACAUGAAAUGCAGAUUAAACUGCUUCUUAGUAGUAGGCAGGAAAUGGCGAGGGUGAUUGAGCGAGCACGACAGCAAAAUUUGGCUUUACAGUCAGCACAAAUUGUCCCUCCUAUGCAACCUCCGCCGUUUCCUAAUAUUCAGCAAUUCCAGCAACCUAUACGAGCACCCCCACCUAUUGAAAGUGAUCGACGUCCCAUCGAAAGCGAUCGUCGCCCUGUUGAAAGUGAUCGACGCCGUGGUCGAAGUCCCACACCUCCUCGACGGCGCAGCCGGGAAAGAAUUGAUUCGAGAGAUCGACGUAGGAGUCCUGAUAACAGGCGGUCCUUUUCUUCAAAGAGAGAUAGGAGUCGAAGUCCACCUCGUUCUAGUCGUGGAAGCAGCCGUGAUAGAGAUUCUAGAGAUAGAAGGAGUGAUCGGAAUAGUAGAGAUGACCGACGGUAUUCAAAAGAAGACUCUAAUAGAUACAGUGAUAACCGUUAUUCAGAAAGAAACAGAUUUCCUGAUGAAGAUCAUAAUAGCAGUCGAUCACAUGCAUUUCCAGAUACAAGUCAAGAAAGUAACAAUCAAGCUUAUCAUAACUAUACAGAUCAAAAAAGUGCUAACAACUACUCUUUUAAUAACUCUCUAAAUCCAUCGGCCUCUAAAGAUUAUUCUGUGGCACCUAACAAUGCUUAUUACAAUAAUUCUGUAACUGCUGCUUCAUCAAAAGAUUAUCCUGUUACGGCUCUUCCUUCUAGUAAUAAUUUUCCUUACACAGAUCCAAAUAAUCCUUCAAUGUCCAAAGCUUAUCAAACACCCUAUUACAAUCCACCUGCUAAUAACUUGUCAAUUAAUUCAGUGGAUCGAAGUUUUGGUUUAGAUAAAGUGAACAUUGCUGCUGUGCUAAACCAAACAAGUUCUGCAUCACCUAAUUCUUAUAUGCAGAAGACUUUUGAUACUGGGGCGUAUCAGCAACCUUUUGCACCAGAAAAAGUUCAAAUACCACCAGCGACCUUAAAUCAAUCUGCUGAGAGAAAAAGAAAGUCUCGUUUUGAACCUGCACCUGAUGCGACACUGCCUCUGAAACCACCUUCUUUUCCUUUGCCAGAAGUUUUUCAGAAACUUGGUGUUAAGCUGGAGCCUCAAAUAUUGCCAAAAACCAACGAAGAGCAAAAUUUAUCUACGGGUUAUCAGCAUGUUUCCAAUAUGUCUAGAGUUGACUGGCCUCAACAAAGCGCCCCAAUGAAUAAUAAAAAUUGGAAUAGUUUAUCAAACACACUUCAGAAUUUGCAAAAUGUUUCUGAUCCUAAGACUAAUAAUCUGGGUUCAGUAGCAAUUCCUAUGGACCUUGAUCCUCCUGAAGAACCAUCUAUAAUUUAUAGUCACAAUAUAAAUGAACCAGUUGCAUCGAAUAAUCUACUUCCUGAACAAAGGAAUAUGCCUUCAAGGAAUAGUGAGGGUCCUCCACCUCGCUCUACUGCAGACAGAAAACAAUGGCAUGGUCCAAGAACUCAAACCAUGGAGCUUCACAGAGUGCCAUUUGAUACACGAAUAGAAGACGUAUUACACUUAUUUCGUAACAUACCUCUGAAUCCAUCCAAUAUCUGCAUUCAGGGAAAUAAUCAGAGAGUUGAAAGAGUAUUCGUUAAAUUUUCGAGCACCAGAGAUUUCAAUGAAGCUAUGAAUUCUCAACCUGUUUUCAUAAGGAAUUCUCAAAUUGAACUAAUACCCUGUCCAGUAUCAGCGUUUGAAUCGGCUGUUGUAGCGGUUCAGUCUAUGAAACAUCGCCCAAAGGGAACACCUCGAGAGGAAGAUAUGAUAUUGCAAUUGAAAGGUCUUCCUUUUCAGUGUACAGAGCAGGAUGUCGUGAGAUUUUUUGCUGAUCUUCGUAUCCUCGAUAUGUUUUUAGAAAGACAAGCUGAUGGUAGGUGCUCUGGCACAGGUUUUGUGAAGUUUGCAAGCAUGGCAGAUUUCAAACAGGGUCUUGUAUUGAAUGGCAAGACUAUUGGCCAUAGAUACAUAACAAUUAAAAUUUCUAACAAAGAUAUGUUAGAAUUUGCUCGAGGUGAAAGUGUUUCUUCUAGAGGACCUGAUACAAAGGAGUCACCAUCAAGAGAACCUAGGCAAAGAGAACCUCCACAUAGAGAUCAUCCUUUAAGAGAACCUAUGCAAAGACAGCCUUCGCCAAGAGAACCUCCUCUGAGACAACCUAUGCAAAGAGAACCACCUUCAUCAAAAGAACCUAUGCCCAGAGAGCCUCUAUUAAAAGAACCUAUACAAAGGGAACCUUCACUAAAAGAACCUUUAAUGAGGGAACCUCCAAUGAGAGGGCAGCCUAUGAGAGAACCUUCAAUGAAAGAGCCACCUAACAGGGAACCUCCACAUGAAUCUCUACAUAGAGAACCUCGAAUGUCUCCUAAUAAAUUUGGUGGUCGUCGUCCAGAUUUCGAUGAUUCGUUACAAAAUCACGAUGUAUCUGAACCACCACUGUCAAAACCUGUUCGUGGUAGUUUCUGCAUUGGUUUAAGAGGGUUGCCUAAAAGUGUCAAUAGCAACAUUCUUGGCAAAUUCUUUAGGGACAUGGAUAUCACUGCUUUAGGUAUCCAUAUUAUUGUUGAUAAUAACAUUCCAACAGGUCAAGCUUUUGUUGAAGUUUCAACUCAACGUGAAGUAGACAUUGCUGUAAGCAAAAAUGGCAAGUUUUUGCAUAAUUGCCGUAUUAACAUGUACUCUCUUUCUAUUCAAGAACUUGAUGAAAUAUUAACAAUGGGUACGUUACCACCUGAACCAUUAUUAGGAAAGCCUGCUGAUGAUAAUCGACCUCCUAGACGACCUCUACUAGCUCAAGCACCAAUAUUAGAUAAUAAUUUCAUGGAUGGUCCUCCUAUGGAACGUGUCAGGGCUCCUGGCCCAAUGCGAGGAGGAAGACCCAUGCGACCUAUGGGAGACAGGCACAUUAGACCUCCUAUGGGGAGGAUGAGAGGGCCCAGGCCUGAAAGUGGUAGAAAUCCUGAUAUGGGUCCAACUGGUUUUGGAGCUCCUGGCUGUGUUGUGGCUGUAAAUAAUUUGCACUUCAAUGCUGGGUUAGAGGAGUUGCUGAAAUUUUUCGGUGGCUUUCGAAUUACAAAAGAUAACAUUAUGCGCCGGUACAAUGAACAUCAGCAGCCUACUGGUGAAGCUAGAGUAUGCUUUGAAAAUCCUAAAGAAGCACUAAGAGCUGUUAGAGAACUAGAUACAAAGCCAAUUAUGGGACGCUCACUUCAUCUUGCAGUAUUGUGAGAUAAGACUUUUUCCUCAUUUUAAAAUUAACUGAAAGCACGAUCUGACACCACCAAAAACUCUGUAAAGCCUAAGUACAGUAAAACUCUAUUUCAAUAUUUUUUUUAUAAAAAUAUAAUUAGCUCUCCAAAAUGUGGGUAAUUACUAGUAUACCAACUAGAAUUGCUGUAGAAUAAUUCAUCACUCAUUUAUUGCCUAUUUUUUGUUUUAAAACAAAAGUAAAAAAUUGAAAUCUAGUUCGACAUUUCCAUAUGGGUACUUGUUUGUGUCAAUUGAAUUUACCGAAUGCCUCAGGCCUCGCAAUAAAUUUAGAGAAUAAUAUAUAGUGGGGGAAGAUUUCCGCAAGGGUACUUGCAUUUGAAUGGUUCCCAAAUUUUGACUAUAAAUGAUGAACUGCGGUACCAGAGGAAAAAAAAAAUCGUAGAAUCAGGUAAAUUUCAAGGAUAGAAUAAGGCAAGUUGCUUUAUACUUUUUUUAAUUUCAAAUACUGGAACUAAGUAGUUUCUCUCGUUGAUUUCAGUUGAUGCAAACGGUUACCAAUAUUGCUACUGUUGCUUGCCCGAGUUAGCUACAAGUUUUACCUCUUUUUUUGUUCCUUGUGUACCAUUGUCCAGUUGUUGGCAAUUAUUUUUGUGCUUUAACUAAAGUGGAAACCUCCCGAAAUCUAUGAAAAACUUCUACCAAUUCAUAGAAUUAUUCGCAAAAAAAACAAAACAAGAAUUGCUUUUUUUAAAAAGCUAUUCUAUAAACAAAAUAAGAGUAAACGAGACACUAUUUGGAUAACAAAUCAUUCUAAUGCAACAGUUAGGUGGGCAAAAUUUGAAAGCUCAUUAUAUAUAUUUUAAAUAUAAAAAAAAUUGUGUGUUUUUUUUAUGCAUUAGUGCUGUACAGAAGUGCUGGGCAAUAUAUUGGAAUUUCAUUAAUGUGAUAUGUUUUCAGGAAACAUCAAUAUUUUCCCAGGUUUAAUGAAUUAUUUUUAUAUUUUAAUAUCAUUUUUAUCAACACUAACAAUAAUAUUGUACUAAAUUACUGUUUUCAAUAAUAGUCGGGAUAUUAUCAUAAUCCCUAUUUUACACUGUUGUAUUUGAUGUUCUUUCUGAAAAUAAUUAUCACAGUAUUAUAGUUAUUGAUAAAUAUUGUACCUUUAAUACUUAUAAGAUAUAAAAUAUUAUUCACACACUUAAAAAAUAUCAAUAUUUUACAAAUUGUUGCCCCGCACUAGUGUAAAAUCCCAAAUGGUGAAAUAAUUCAUUUAAAUACUGUUACAUAUUUAAUUACAUAUUAAUUUUAUGAGGUAUUUUCAACCUAUUUUUGUAAAAACAAAUAAUUCAGGUAUGAAAGUUUUUGAAGUUAGUAUAAUUUUGAAAAGACAACGUAUGUGGUGAACAUACUUUUAUUUCUAAACAUUUAACUAGUAUUUCUAGAAGUUAUUUAUGAUUUUUUAAAGUUCGGAUUUUGUCCUACAAAUAAUUCAAUUGAAAUUAUUUGUAGACUAUGACAUUAUCAGACUUGCGUUAAAAUUAUAUGUUUAUGUUUGGUGAUCAUUAAAAUUUAAAAAGAUAUUCUUCGAUAUCUUCAAACAUUUCAUAGAUGUUGUAAUAAUUUUUCUCCAAUUCUUUUGGAAAAAAUUUACUUUGUUUAUAUGUUAUUAUACAAAUUCUGUGUAGUUUUCUUAUUUGUUACUGAACUGAUAGUCUUUGAUAUUGUAAAUAAUGUAAAUAAUAAAUAAGGAAAAAAUA